AUGAGUGAUUCUACUAAAUAUCAAACAGUAGUUUCUUAGGGUGCAGUCUAUAUCAAGAAAAUAGAAGUACCAAAAUCUACUGAAAAUGUGCCAAAUUAUCGCAAAGUUAAAGUUGACAAAAAGGUAGUGUAUCUAGAAACUAAUGUUUACAUAUUUUAGACUUUUUACGGAAAAGAUAUAAAUUGGGAUGAUGAUUAAGGAGUUGAUAUAGAAUUGCAAGGACUUUCUUCAAUAGCUUCUGUCACUGAAAAUAGAGGCAAUGAGAUAGGAAUCGCCAUUUAUACUCCCUUCAAAAAUAGAAUAGCUUUAGUCUAAAUGCUUGAUACUGCAUUAUACUCUUAUACAAGUAUGGUUCUAAUAGGGUAAGCACAACCAUAUAUAAUUUCAACCUACCUGGUAGAUCGAAAUUAGUAUAAUGAAUAUGAAGGAGAAGAUUUACUUUCAGACUUCCUGGACAAAAACUAGAAGGAGAUAGACAAGUGCCCUUCAAAUUAUGUCUCAAAUACUUGCUUAUCUGCUUUAAUACUGCAUCUAGAUCUUAGAUAUAAAGUUUCAAUAGACAAAUUUAAUACUAAACUGAUUUUCCAUACAUUAAACAAUACACUCUACAUAGAUCAUAUUACUAAUCAGCUGCUCUAUCUCACUUAAAAUGACUAAUCUCAAUUUAUUGAAGGUGAGAUAUCACUGCUCAGUUUAUUUAAGCCAAUGACUAUUUUAGGAAAAAAACUCCUACGCAAAAUAAUAAUUAGUCCUACUUGCAAAGCUGCAAAACUUAACUAUCUCUAUGACAUUUUGGAAAAAAUGAUGGGUAGCAAAGAUAUUUGCAGGACUUUAUACUAAAUUCUAAAGAAUUUGAAUUGUUUUGAGAGUUCAUUCGUUCAAGUGGUGUAUGUAAUGAAAAAGUAUACAAUAAAUAGGCCAUCAACAUUUCUUGGGAAUCUUAUAAGAUUUGUGAAUCGAAUGAAGAGAUGCUUCCGACUUAUGAAAUAUAUUUAAGAAAGAAUCCCUUGCAUGAAGGUUUAAUUAGAUAAGAUUGACACUAAUAACCUCUCUGAAUUUCUCUAGCUGAUAGAGUCAUAUUUUAAUGUGGAUGAUCCGAUUGAUAACGUAGAGGAGGAAAAAACAGGUGAAAACUUUUUCAAAAAAAUACCCAAAAAUUAGCAGUAAAACAGAGGUAGAGUGGGUUUGGAAAUUAUUAAAAAGCUCAGGUAUAAUCCAAACUCCAAAAUUGGAUUUCAAGCUGCCUUAGCGUUAAAGCUGAACACCGAGGUAUAGGAGUAUACAAGACUGGUCAUCAAGAAAAUUGAGGAGAGAUUCGGUAUAAUGGGACUAAAGAUGAAGUAAGAUUCUUAAAUAGGCUGGUAUAUAAGCAUUAAGUAGGAGGACUAUCACGAAAAUCAGCCAUUAUUCAAAGAUUAUCAGGCUAAGACUUUAAAGCAGUCUUAUUAAAUGGUUGACUCAUCGAUGCUUAUGGAACAGUAGAUAUUUACAAGGAUUAGGAAAUGUCAAAAUGACAUCACAAGACUAUUUUCUCUAAUAGCAAGAGUUGAUGUCCAGUUAUGCUAUGCAACUUACCUAAGAGAAUUAAAUAUACAAUAUUCUCGACCCGUCAUUCUUGAGCAUUCUCUAUCAUGCAAAAUUUCUCCGUUUCUAUACGUAGAGCAAGCCAAGCAUCCAUUAUUUCUAAAAUUCUAUGGAGACUUUAAGAAGUUCAGCUAAUUGGAUGUGAAGUUGAACAGUCUUGCUUCUAAGGUAUGUCUAAUUGAAGGUAAAAAUGGUAGUGGAAAGACAACCUAUAUGAAGAUGAUCUAGACAAUUUUAGUGCUAGCUUAAAUCGGGUGCUUUGUACCUUGUUCUAGAUUUAUAUACACACCUUUGAAGGCGAUAUUUUGCCGAGCAGGAGUCAUUGAUUCAAUUGAAAAAGGAGAGUCUAGCUUUAUUCAUGAGCUGUAGGAAAUAGGUGUGGUUAUCAAUCAGAUAUCCUAGUACAGAAAGAACGAAGUCAUGAUUUUCUUUGAUGAACUUGGAAUAAAUACCUCUCUUGAGUAGGGCUUCCCUCUCAUGUGGUCUAUCUGUGAGCAUUUGCUUCAGAUGAAGAACGUAGUAUCAGUCAUAUCCACUCACAACUAGCUUAUGAAUGAAUUAAUGAAAACUUAUAAAUGUGUGACUAUACUUCAGUUGAAGCUUUUGCCAGAUUUGAAGGAUAGAUUAAAGUUUCACCAUCAUGUUGAAGCAAUCGAUCUUUUUAACUAGACUGAGAGCAAAGACUAAACUUAGCCACUUUAAGACUAAUCAAAUCCUGAAUAGGAUGAUGAAGGUCGUAACUAAGUGGAAAAUGGAAAUUUGCCUAGCGAGUACUUCAACCCCAAUUUCUAUAAAUUGCUCCAGCAAAAUUAAAAGAUUAUCCAAAAGCACUUUGAAAAGUCCAUUUUUUAUUCCAGUGAUAAUUUAGCUCCAAAUAAAUAUACCUAGGAAAAAAUCUAAAAGGAAAUUGCAGCUAGAAAGGCUAUUAAUAGGGUGGCAGAUUUUUUUAUAAAUUUUGAUAACAAAAAGUUAAGAGAUGAAAUUGCUGUUGAGAUGAAAAAUUAUCUAUAUUCUUAGAAAUGA